AUGCUUCCUCCAGUCUUGAUCUCGAUCUUCUGGCUUCUCCUUCAGUUCGUCGUUGGUGCUGUCGUCGCCUUUAUUGCAGUGAUAAGCUUCUUGGGCAAAUCAGCAGAGCGGAAGGUCGACACCGUGCAAGGCGUAGUACGAUUGAUCCUGCCGACUUCGCCUCAGCAUCUUGCUACUGAAGAUGUAUGGCGCUUGGUUCUUAUUGCACUGCUCAAGCAUAUCUUGGCCCCCAUAGGAUGGACUACACGGCUACAGCCAGAAGGACAAGGGUUCACGCUUCCGCGGAUUGAGAUCCAUGGACAACUCGACAUCACGGCGGUAGACAUCCAGGCUUUCAGAGAAGCGGUCGCUCUUCACGACGAUACACCGAAACCUCCAGAUACGAUCAGUCCGUUCUUCCUAGUGGCUCUGACAGUGCCAUUGACGAUUCAAACCUUGGCGAGUAACUCAUGUCCCAUCAGACCGCUGGGAGCUGUCAAUACUCGCAACGUCUUCAAGAUACACGACCCUGCACUUUGUCGCAGUCCAGCAGCGCUGCGAGAGAAGAAGCUCACCUACAGUGCUGUAUUUGGUGGUGCAGACAAUUCUGGACACCGACGAAAGCGAGGCGUGGAGUUUUGUAUCACUAUCGAUGUCUUGUUCGAAGGAAAGGCUGUCUUAAGCCAGGAGCUGUGGUACAUGCAGUUCCUGUCUCCUUCCAUCGAGCCCAAGCAUGUGGCAGUUCCGGAGAAGGCGAUAGAUAGCUCUGUCGUGGAUAGUAUGGUGCAUGGCAGGACUCAGAGCCUGGACAUCGGGAUGGACGAUCCCAGGAAAUGGGCUGCGUGCUGCAAAGACUACAACCCUAUACAUGUCUCCAAGUUCACGGCAAGGCUGUUAGGCUUUCGCUCUGUCAUUGCACAUGGCAACCACGUGGCAGCUCUUGUUGUUGAACAGCUUGCGACACUUCAACCCAGUGCAAAGGAGAAGGUCCUUUCGAAGGCAAGAAAAUCUUGCUGGCAUCGCACAGAGCCUUUCACUGUUGAGGUAUCCUUUGCAAGACCUCUGCUUCUUCCGGCUCGAGCUGAGGUGUCUUGGUCGGACGACAAAGGGUACAGCUCAAAGUCGAGCUUCACAGUUUCGGCGAAGGAUAAGAUGUGCAUAUCGGGAUCAAUAUGCGCAUUGGACGAGAAGUAG